GGUCAGGUGAUUGAGAUUCAAAGCGCGAUUAAAGGGAAGCAACUUCUUGUUGAUGAAGGGACAUUCAGUCGACAUCUCAGCUUCUGCGAAGUUUUCCAGAAAACACCAACGAUGUGGACAUCGCCGUCAGUAUCCCUGCUCCUGUUCGUCUCAUUGUUCCAUGGAUGCAGGAAUUUCGUGUGCCCGAGGAUCUGCCGAUGUUUCUCCAAUGCAAUCAAGUGCAACAAUAUAACACAAGGGGCAGCUCCAGUGAUGGACCACAGGGAUAGAAGAUUGUUUCUUUAUCAUCUGUCUUUGCAAACAAUUUCAAGCCAUUCCUUUGAAGGUUUAAAAGGAGUCCAGAGGAUAGAGAUUACUCAAAGCGUAACCCUGAAAACCAUUGAGACAUUAGCAUUUAACAACCUCCUCAGCCUCUCUGAAAUCUCAAUCCAGAACACAAGAAGUCUCAUGCACAUUGACAGAGGAGCAUUUAACAACCUCCCCAAACUUCGCUACUUGAGUAUUUCAAAUACCGGUAUUGCAGUUUUUCCUGAUGUCACAUCAAUCAGUUCACUUGAAUCUGAGUUCGUCUUGGAUAUAUGCGACAACAUCUUCCUUCUAGAAAUACCCACAAACGCUUUCACUGGAAUGUCAAAGGAAUAUGUUACAAUGAACCUGUACAACAAUGGCAUAAGAAAAAUACACGAGCAUGCCUUCAACGGAACAAAGAUAGAUAAGCUGGUAUUAAAAAAUAAUCGAAACCUUAGAGUGAUCCAUAAAGAUGCUUUCACAGGAGGCACGGGCCCUGGAGUCUUGGAUGUUUCUGCCACAGCUCUUACAAAGCUGCCAUCACAGGGACUGGAGUCAGUUCUAGUGUUGUUUGCUCAGUCCGCCUACACCUUGAAGAGUCUGCCUCCUCUGCAGGGACUGUGGAGUCUGCGAGAAGCUCAUCUCACCUACAACAGCCACUGCUGUGCACUGCUGAACUGGAACACUCACAGAGACUUACCAAUUAAUCCUGUGUGGAAUAACAGCUCUACAGCCUGUAUUGAGAGAGAUCCAGCCGGCAGCAGGGUUCAGCCUGUAAUCGGAGGGUUAACAGACACAUCUCUACUUACGGACGUGCCGUACUUCUUGGAAGGUGACCUGCUUGCUGAAGAUGAAAGCUAUGAAGAUGUAAAUUUCCACUAUCCAGAACUGGACCUCUGCCAGACCACCCUCACUCUGGUUUGCACACCUGAGGCAGAUGCUUUCAACCCCUGUGAAGACAUCGCGGGUUUCAGUUUUCUCAGAGUAGCUAUUUGGUUCAUCAAUUUAUUGGCUAUUACAGGUAAUCUGACAGUGCUGCUGGUCUUCUUCAGCAGCCGGAACAAGCUGACAGUACCUCGCUUCCUCAUGUGCCACCUGGCUUUUGCAGACCUUUGCAUUGGGGUCUACCUUCUGAUGAUAGCUACUGUAGACUUGCGUACUCGUGGUAGCUACAGUCAGCACGCCAUUGAAUGGCAGACAGGACCUGGUUGCAGUGCUGCUGGCUUCCUGUCAGUUUUUGGUGGGGAGCUGUCAGUUUACACACUUUCUACCAUCAUCCUGGAGCGUUGGCACACCAUCACCAAUGCUAUGCAGGUAGAGCGCCACCUGGUUCUUAUGCAAGCUGCAGGCAUAAUGGCAGUAGGUUGGCUCAUCUGUCUGGGGAUGGGGAUACUGCCCUUGAUUGGUGUCAGUAGCUACACCAAAGUCAGCAUGUGCUUACCCAUGGACAUAGAGACUCAUUUGGCUCAGGCUUUUGUCAUAAUUAUCCUGCUCCUCAAUGUGGGCGCCUUCCUCGUUGUUUGCGUUUGCUAUGUGCUGAUCUACCUGGCUGUAAAAAACCCUGACUUACCCAGAAGAAGUGCAGACACCAGGAUCGCACAGCGCAUGGCGGUACUCAUCUUCACGGAUUUUCUGUGCAUGGCACCCAUCUCCUUCUUUGCCAUCUCUGCUGCUUUUAAGUUUCCCCUCAUCACAGUUACCAACUCCAAAAUUCUGUUGGUCCUCUUUUUUCCCAUCAAUUCAUGUGCCAAUCCCUUCCUCUAUGCUAUCUUCACUAAAGCUUUCAGAAAGGAUGCUUAUAAACUCAUGAGUACCAUAGGCUGCUGUAGAAACAAGGCUGCUCAUACAGAAAGGAAAUAGAAAAGAAAUGCAUACAAAUUUCCAAUUGCAUCAAACAGUAAAUGUCUGUAUUAUAUAUAUCAGCAUCAUAUACAGUGUUGGUCAAGUUACUU